AUGGAGAAGCCGAAUGCUGAAGAUGGACAACUCUUCAUCAAGAACCUAGCCAGCUUCGUCCGUACACACGAGAAGGCGCUCGCUAACGCCCUUCAACUUCGGCGGCAAUCCAAUGCCGCCGCUCCGCAAUCACCUACCGGCUCGUCCGCGAGUUCGGGCUUCUCUAGUUCGUUGACUCUGGCUUCAGCCUUGUCCUUUGGGUCAUUAAAAUUCACAUCUGAAAACAUCAAACCUGCAAAACUCACCCUAACCCCGCAUCACCUCUUCUACCUACUUUCUCGCUUCGAGGAACUGUCUAUUGCCGUGGGGCCUAUGAACGUCCGGCUGGAGAAUAUCCAGACCGAAGUCUCCCAGUCAUAUGUUUCCUUCCUCAACAAACCUCAGCGCUCCAAGGGCGACCGGGACUCCAUUCAUUCAAUUUCCAGCGUUCGGAGUGUCAUGUCCGGCAUGAGCGGGCUCUGGUCCUCCUUCGGCUUGGGAUCAAAAGACACUCCAUCUAAGUCCGAAAAAGCCAAAGUCGCCCUGGAGGCGGAUAUGAAGUACCUGUACUCAGCCUUCACCAAAAUCCCUUGCCUACGUCUGGCCCCUGACCACCGUGCCCGCUUGAUUAGCGGGUAUGAAGAAUUCCCAUUUGACACGGCGGUGCCUUUGCAUUCAUUCAAAAAUUUGAGCGCCUUAGAGAUCAUUGACAUUGACUAUCGUUCCUUUUUCGGCUGGGACCGAUUGUCGGAGCAGCUCCGCACCCUCACCAUCAAACGGGCUCAUCUAGAUGACCCGGCCGAUCUGUUGAUCAGAAUCGUGUUGGACGAUAUCGACAAGCGUCGUCGCCGAUCGGGCAAGUCGCAACAUCAACAUUCACCUCCCAUUGGAUGGACCAACAGCGCCAGUCAACCAGUCCUCAGUUCCCAUUCCUCUAUAUCCGCCCCUGGCUCCCCUGUUGCGGAGACCGCCCUGGGAAGCAGCACAAGCCCUGGAUCUGUUCCAAUGAUGCGAGCCGGUUCCGAGGGUACCACAAUUCGCAACCGGGCCGACAGCAGCUCGCCGACUCGUCCCACCACCAAGCAUAGUCACCACCGCCACAGUCGAGGACAAUCGUCGCGUAUCCAUCGCACAGGCUCAGGCAGUUCCAACUCGAGUGAUAACUCUGGCGGCUAUCAACGAUCGGGAAGCUCGGCGAACCUUGCGUCUGGUCUUCUAUCACCCUCCAAAUGGAGAUUCUUGCGACACUUGGGCCUCCCAGAAAACUCUUUGACCGCAAUCUCUGCUUCAAGCCUUGCACCCGUGGCUAAUACUCUGAAUUCAUUGGAUCUGUCAGCGAACCUCCUCACCGAGAUUCCGGAUAGCUUGUCAUCCCUCAUGGCGCUGCGUGCCUUGAACCUGUCGCACUGCAUGAUUGAGUCCCUGCACUCCCUGACUCGAAGCCCUCUGCCUGCUAUUACUGCACUUAAUCUCCGAGGCAACCGACUUCGCUCGCUGGCCGGCAUUGAACGACUUCUCUCUCUGGAGAGACUGGAUCUUCGAGACAAUAAUCUCAUGGACCCAACAGAGAUGGCCCGACUGACUAGUCUUCCUGAAAUCCGAGAGAUCUGGGUGACGGGAAAUCCAUUUGUGAAGACCCACCCAAACUACCGCGUCGUCAUCAUGAAUCUCUUCCGCCGCACCCCUGGCUAUUCCGAGGAUCUGAUCAUUGAUUGCCGCGGCCCAGGCUUCACCGAGCGAAAGCAGCUGGUUGAUCGAAUUGCAGAGCCCGAGAGCGCCCCGGUGGUGCGCCCAACUUUGGUCGAUCAAUCGGCCGUCGUCCACAAAGCUGCCAGUCCAGGUAUUAUCCAGGGUAUUCCGCUUCUCAAACCUACAGAAAAUGACCAGGAGACUGCAAAGGCUACCGCUCGAAAUGAAAACGAAGGCACCAACCGUCGCAAGAGGACUCCGCGGCGCCGCAUCGUGGACACAUCGACGACCAACCCAUUCGCCACCGACGGUCUCGGCAGUGUGACGUCCGUUGUACCGACUCAACAAGUACUGAACCCGAACCAACCGACUUUGGCACCACCAUUUGAACACGCAAGUAAAUCUGACAGCAUUGUGCAGUCUGCCUCAUCGAGCGUCCAGAGUCCACCUACUAAGCCCGUUCACUUCUCUAAUCCCUCCCCUCUACAGCCUGUGGUGCCAUUGACAUCCGGACGGGACUGGUCAUUGGAUGAAGAGCUAUGUCGUCAACAAUUGGAGGCUCUUCGACAGGAUGUGGGUCAGAAUUGGAUUUCUGCCCUGGGAGACCGAUCAUGGGACGGUUCCCCCAAACAACAUCCGACUCGCCUGACAGGUCCGGGCUUAGAUCACCCAGCCAUCCCAACUCCGCCCUUGGCUCGUGCUUCUAGCCACGCUAUUCUGAGUGGAGGACGGACCUUGACCGGAUAA